UAUUAUAAAUUUGACAUGUUUUUGCAGAAAAUAUAUCAGUGCGUUAUGGUUAGGACUCAACAGUACAAUAAUUUAAAAAUGGCAUACAGAUUUUUAGCUAUAACCAUUUUAGCGGCUUUAAUGCAAACUUGUUUAACAGCCGGCACAGAUUGCAAAAAAAUGCCACCCAGAGUGGAUCCUGCUACUUGUUGUCCCAUACCGGAGUUAAUAACGGAAGAAAAUAAAGAGAAUUGUAAAGAAUUUUUAAUAGAACCAAAACCUUCAUUUGUACCGAUGGCUAAUGAAAAACCUUCCGGGAAUGCCAAAAAAUUAUCUCCAACUCCUGCCGAACAUAAUGGUAGUGAUCACUACCGUAGAAUACAUCAUGGACCUUUUAUGCAUUUGUGCUUCAUGAACUGUGCCCUUAAUGACACAGGUAUUCUAUCGAAUGGCAAAUUGAAUGAAGCCACCCUUUCAACUCAUCUGAAAAAGAUUUUGACAGCUACGCCAGAUUUGAUCCCUAUACUGGAAACAUCAUUUAAAACUUGCUCUGCUAAAGCUGAACAAAUUCAUGAAAAAAUGCAAGAAAAAUUUAAAAAUAGAAAAACUACUGUAUCUUCUACAACACCAGCCAAUAUAUCAAAAGAUCGCAUGUUCCGACUACCUCGUUGUGCUCCAGUCGCUAGUCAUAUAAUGGCAUGUGUUUUUAUGGAAACUUUUAUGAAUUGUCCUGAUUCGGUAUGGUCGAAAGCCAAGGAAUGUAAUGGUUUGCGUAAUCAUAUGCUAGACUGUAAACCAAAACAUAGCAUGGAAGAUUCUGCUUCCAACUCAACUGAAGAGGAUUAAUAAAUAUAA